CGAGUAUCUCUCAACACACACACACACACACACACACACGCGCGCGCGCGCGCGCGUUGUGCAUUAGAAUAAAGCUGGGACAGUGUUGUAUGUACAGUCUGGUGAGCAUCGGGUUAAACUUCAACUCCUGAACUCGAGGAGGAGAAGGCGGAAGAGGUGUGCUUUCUUUACCAUACACACACACACACACACACACACUGGACUCACGUUCAAAUGGCGAGAACGCGCACAGUUCGGUGGAGAACAGGAGACUAAAGGAAAAGGAGGCAGGAUAAACAAAGAGUCUGGUUCUUCUUAUUGUUUUGAAGCUGUGGGAUGUGACCGCUCUACCGCUUUCUCUUCAGUCCACGAGGAAAACGCCUCGGGAAACAACAGCGAUACAACCAGCGAGCUUCCACCCGGAAACAGAUGCACAUUGGAGCAGAGACUGCAGCCACCAACACCUCAGCGGAGAAGAUCCAGGGUUAGGGUGUCUUAUGAAGUUGAGGCUUCUUGCCUCCUGUGUUUCCUUGGUGACCAAGACCACAGCCAGCGGUUCAAACAGCUUGGGAGGACCAAGGUCUCGGCCGACAGUAAACUCCGGACUUUAUGCCACAUUGGUGUUGCAAAAGUUGGUUGGUGCCACCAGGAUGGGGAACAGCAGCAGUGACAGGUCCAGCGGGGGUCAGGGUGAAAGGUCAUACAGAGAUGGAGCGCAGGGAGGGAAGGAGGCACGUCCUAACAUCCUGAUGGACAGCAUAGAGGACUCAGAUCUGUUCCAGAGGGAAGACUCAAAGGCUCCACAGGAAAUACAGGAGUUUCUGGCCUGGCAGCAGGACCUGGAGAGUGACAGCAAAAGUCCAACGCAGGACAGGCCCACUGUGUUCAGGUGGUCGGGGGUCGCCAAGGAAGUCUUUGUGUCUGGCUCUUUUAACAACUGGGCCACAAAGAUCCCACUCAACAGAAGCCAGAAGAACUUUGUGGCUAUCGUGGACCUGCCGGAGGGAGAGCACCAGUACAAGUUCUGUGUGGACGGUCAGUGGACUCUGGAUCCGACCGGGCAGGCUGUGAUGACGGCUAAAACUGGAACAGUCAAUAACGUUAUCCAGGUGAAGAGAACUGACUUUGAAGUUUUUGAUGCCCUCAGGAUUGACUCAGAGGACUCUGUCGACAUGUCAGACUUGUCCAGUUCCCCGCCCGGCCCCUACCAACAGGACGCCUAUGUGACCAAAACAGAGGACAAGAUCAAACACCCUCCUAUCUUACCUCCACACCUGUUGCAAGUGCUGCUCAACAAGGACACAAGCAUCUCUUGUGACCCAACGCUACUUCCAGAGCCCAACCAUGUGAUGCUCAAUCACCUGUACGCCCUCUCCAUCAAGGACGGGGUGAUGGUUCUCAGUGCAACACACCGAUACAAAAAGAAGUACGUGACCACUCUUCUGUACAAGCCAAUAUAACCCAAAGAGCCAUGAUCCAGCCUUGUGUGUUGGAACAAACAUUUCUCUGCUUUUGUACACAGCUGCUACUGUGACUGUUUUCUACUUAGUGAACCUAAAUAUCUUCAUGAUAUCAUCUUAGACCUCCUGUAAUAUUUUAAAAAUGUGGUGCAUAUUGUAGUAACUGCAGCCUAAUGCUUCCUUCUUUAUGAUGAUUUUGUGUCAAACCGAAGAAGAAGAAAAAAGAAAGGGUCAAAUGAAGUUUUCAUUGUAACCUCAGUUAAUCCAGAUAUGUCAAUAUAUUAGACACAAUAGACACUGGUCGACUACAUUUUAGCUUCAGCUUCAAAAGCUAAACUUUGACCUCUGCUUCAUAACAUCUUCAUAUGUGAGCAAACAGAUGUGAGGAGACACAGAGGAUGAAAUUCAACAGGAAAGCAUGUCUUUAUUCUUUUUAUUUUAAACUGACUCCUUUGCACAAAAUCAGACGUGUUUUAUAUCAGGGUUUUAUUUUUAAAUGAGUGAGAAAUGAAAAAUUUGAAAAAAAGAUUUUACAAAUUCAAA